UUUCCGCGGCUGGUUGCUGGAGGAGGCAAGGGGAGGAGGAGGGAACAUGUGAGACGCCCAGGUAUUUAUGGCUCUAAAGCCCUUCACGUCAGAUGUGUUGGGAUUUAAUUCGUUCUGCAGUGUGAUAAGAUGGAGGUGAGAGACUUGGAUGUUGGUGAUCUCCUGGGGCUAUUGGAGAGCCCUCAGGAGGAGGUUGCUCAGGAGGUGCGGUUAUUGCUCAAGGAGACCUUUUCCACUGUACGGGAGUCUUGGCUCAUCACUGGACUCCUUGAGUACUUCUAUGUCUCUAAUAGUGGUCGUCUGCUUGAUAUACUGUUGGGAGUCAGUGAGCCGCAUGACCGUCACUUGCUGGACAAACUGAUGGAGGGUCUGAAAGGACAGGACCGUUUCCGUCACACCUGCAUCCUUCUCUAUGCCGUUCGUCGUCAGCCUCCACCAACUUGGCUGCAGAGGUUUCUCAAUCAUGGGGCCAUGAAGGAACUAUUACGUGUGUUAGCUGGAGAUGAGGAUGUACCAGUAUUGGUGGGAGCAAUCAUGGUGAUUGUUAUUCUUAUGCCCAUAUUACCACAUGAAAUGGGACGCCUACAUCUUGGCAAUAUUUUGGACAUAUUUUGCCGGCUGGUUCGCUGGACACCAAAGCGAGAAAUUGAUGAGGCCUUUCAGCCAUUCUUACAGGUGGCAGUAUACUCUCUUUUUCACCGAUUAUAUGCCUUGUACCCAUGUCAUUUCCUAACUUGUUUGAGGACUAGUUUUUCAAAGCCAAAUUCAGCUGCCUGUUUUUUUACUACUCUGAAACCAAUGAUGGAGAAAGUACGCCUACAUCCUUUGCUGAUAACUGAAACUAAGGACUCCGAGUUAACCCGAAACAGAUGGAAAGGACUUGAAACACACCAGCUGAUUCUUGAAUGUGCCAAAUUAUGUUUAGACCCAGUGGAAUUAACCUGUGAAGAUACUUGUGGCUCCUUUUUCAUAUUAACCAUGAAUAGUGAAUCGGCUCUUGAGGCUGUGCCCAUCCCAACACAGUGGCUCUUGUAUGCUGCAGAGAAUCAUUUCUGGUCUCCUAGUUUGGCUUUGCAGUCACCAAGUAGCCUUUCUUCAACACCUCGUGGUUCAUCCUCCUCUGUGCCUCACACGCCGGUAUACCCUAUAAAUACUCCUACCUUGAAAAAACCUAAAGUGGCAGAAUCUCCCCCUGAGGCAGCCAUAGAGGCUACUCCAGAAACCACACCUUUCACAUCACCGAUGAAGAUGGAUAGCAGCAGUGUAGUAGGGCGUCGACCCAAUACUGCAGUGUGUGCCUUAGCCCUAAACACGGCUGCAGGGAAGGACAAUACAAGCAACCAAACCUCUGAGGUAGAGGCAUGCUCCAGCCCCUUGUCACCAAAAAGGAAAGAUCAAUCUCCAUUUAAGUUCCCUGAUGAUCAUUGCCAGAAUAUAUUCUCCAGGGCAGAACGUUCAAGCCUCAUUAAUAGUAAAUUACAGGAGAUACUUAAAGAAAGGAAGCAGAUACAGAAGGAAAAUUCUCAAACAACAGAGGAUAAAGUUGAAACAGAUAGCAGAGAGGGAUCAGGCAAAGAAGUGAAAGAUGGAAGAGAGAAAGAAAAAAUUGCAGUCACAUCGAGAAAGGUCAUCAUAGAAAAACAAGUCAUGGUAGAAAAACAGAGUGUAAAUGUAGUUGAAAGUGAAGUUGGUGCAAAAGCAAGUGAUAUUCAAGUGCCUCUUGUAGAUCAAGGAAAUAGAAGGCGCAAAAUGUCAAUGUAUGAUAAUAGUAAAAUAGAUUUUGGACAGCUGGGAAUUUCAGUAGAUCAGAUUUCCAAUGGUAAUGAUUUGGACUUCAUGCAAAGUACUGACAGGAACUUUGAAAUGGAAAGUGAUGAUAGAAACAGUAGACCUUACUCCAUUCUUGAUACUAGAAUUUCUGAAGAAAAAGAAUCCAUUGGUAGUGAUAGUAGAAGAUCCUCUGAUGAAAACCAAAAUGAACAUUGUGAUAGAGACUGUGAUGAGACUGAAACUCUUGGAUUGGGAGUUCCAAGUCAGAGGUCUAUGACUGAUUUAGUCAAAAAUAUGAAAACCAUGAGAUUAAGAUUUUUGAGCCAAUGUGGUCCCCCACCAGACCUAUCACAGUACAACACUAUGGGCAUGGUACGAACUGUAGUUUCUCCAACCAAACCUGGCUUUACACCAUUCAGAGGUUUGUAUGCAAGUUCAUCUUGUCCAGACUUGGCUGCAGACAACAGUUCCUUAGCAGCUGGUGUACCUGAUGGCCGCACCAGGAAAGAAUCAGCCUUGUCCUCUCUUACACUUUCUCCAAUAAGGAGUGCAGUUAUGACAAGUGAAGCCACAACACAGACUGAAGAAAUUACUGUUGUCAAUCCUUAUGAACAGCUCCUUGAUGCACUACUUUCAGGAUCCACUUCUGCUAAUAAACCAAAAACAUUUGAUAAUGUAACUAAUGAAGCAGAUGCAUCAAAUAAGUCUCCUUAUGAACUACUAGAUCAGUAUCUUCAACUCUCAUCAAAGAUUGGCAGUGAAAGCAAGAAUAUACUGUGGCAACAGACGAGUCAUUUAGGAAUUCCUUUUGAAGGACUUAGAAACCAGAUCCGUGUGCUUCAGGUUUUGCUACUUAUAGAAAAAUAUAAACGUGAAGUGCAUGCUGAACGGAAUCGCAGACUCUUGGGUAGAGCCAAGAAGGUUUAUGCACUUGAAGAGCAACAUCGUGGUCUAGAAGCUAAAGUUCUUCAUCUAGAAGAAGAGGUUGCUCAUCUGAGAUUGGAAUUGUCAAAUUUACAAACAAGUUCAUCUAACAAAGAGCAACAGCUUCAAUUGGCUCUUUCCAAGCAGGAAGCAAGAGUGAAUCAGAUUCUUGCUGAACGUGAUAAUGCUCAGGAAGACAGAGAUGUGUUGAAAAAGCAAUGUAGUUCACUAACUAUUGAGAACUCAAAAUUAACUUCGCAAAUCCAAGGUGUUCAAGCUGCUCUUUUUGAUAAAGACCGACAAUUGACCUUACAAGCAAGGAUGUCAGAAGAUAAUGAAAUACUGCGCAACCAAAUGGAUGAGCUGCACAAACGGAUUUGUCUGAUGGGUGAAGUUCAAGAUCAUUAUAAACAAGAAAUAACAAAAUUGACCCUGACAGGAGGUCCUUCUGCAAAAGUUGGCCUGGAGUUGGAACGUGCAUCUGCCCAGCAACAAAUAGAAUCACUUGAGGAGCAGUCUCGUAUUACUGCUGCUGCUCUUGAUGCUGCUCUCAGUCGUGUGGGAGAACUUGAAGCUCUUUAUGAAGAAAAAUGUAAACAGGUAGAACAAGAACAAGCAGCUGUAAGGGCUGCUAGAGAAGCUGGGGCUGAACAGUGUCGAGCAGUAGAACUUCGCUGUCAGGCUUUAUCAUCUACCAAUCAGACUUUGGAAAGUGCCAUUUUAGAACAACAUGACAAAAAUGAUAGGUUAGUACGGCAGGUGAGGAGAUCACAGAGAGGGAAAUCAGUCUGCAGUGAUGGCUUCGAUAUUGACUGUGAAUUGUCUGCCUCUCCUGGUGCUGGAGCUGACAGUGGUGUAGCAGCAGCACCAGAGGGACACAUCCAAGGUGUUAAGAAAGGUUCACUUCUUGCCAGGCAGCCGGUGGUUCUAAAUAAACUUGAUACUUUUGCUGAACCUGAAUUAGAGUUAGAAGGUCCUCAUCGUAGAAAGACCUAAUUGAUAUAAAUGGUUGCCUCACUUUCCUUAAGUUUUGACCUGAGCUGUAGAUUUUUAUUAAAUUAUUUCUGCAUUGAAAACUGUAAAAUCAUAUUUUGGAUUUUUUUUUUUUUUUUUCAGUAUUGCAUUCAUGAAAAACGUUAAUGAAUAUUGAGAUGUUAAAGUAAUUCUAAAGAUCAUAGAAGUUUAGCAUGGUUAUUUUCUGUGUUUAGGCUUAUGGUGGUGCAACAUUAAGAAUUGAGUAUUCAAUGUAGUAACAAUGUGUUUCCAACAUUAUGAUAUGGUGUUAAGUGAUGGUUUGAAUAUGUAUGUAGUAAAUUGUUUUGUAAGUUUUGUGGAAAUGUGCUGCUAUUAUUGUCAGGUGAGAGGGCACAACAAAGUGUCAGUACUAUGUAUAGACAUGUCCUGUAAGAGAUUAAUACUCUUUCCUUGCAAGUGUUGUCUUGUGUGGUUUCCUUUAUUUUGGUUCUCUUUUUUACAUACUUAGUAUCAUUUACAGGUUUUAUUUUAAUCAAGUUCAAAACUGCAUGUUAACACUUUCAUUCUAUGAAAUUAAUUAUUUGCAUAUAUUUACGAAAAAAAAAAUUUGCUCAAUUUUCAUAAAAUCUUAAAAUUAGUUAUACUACUGAUGUAAUCACUGGGUUGUCUGUUAUUGUAACAUAUUUGGAUGGUGUUUAUUAACCCUCCAUUGUUACAAAAGAAAUGUCUUUUAUUGAAUGGUCUACAAUAGACAUGUUAUUAUUGACUUUGAUGUUAUUCCUGAUUAAGUGAUUUUAUGUUCGUCUGGGAACAGAGUACUCUUAGAAUGUUAGAGACUUGUAAGGAAUGUUCAGUUUGUGAUGUUUUAAGAACUUCCUCUUGUGAGCUGUAGCUUUCUAUAAAAUUUAAAAGCACUGCAAUCAGAAUUGUUGUACCCAAGCUGUGCUUUUCAAAAGAAUAAUUGUAAAACUAUUACAGUGGAAUCAUAGGAAUACUCUAUCCUUUGAAGUUUAAUCCUAGAGUCUAGGUGAGAGUUUUGAGAAACAUUAAGCUUUCAUCCAAGUGUUACACAUUCACCAGUAUUUGCAUAAGGUAUUGGGCUGAGAUCCCCUCAAAGGACACACACACACACACACACACACACACACACACACACACACACACACACACACACACACACACACACACACACACACACACACACACACACACACACACACACACACACACACAGAGCAAGACUAAAUUAAAAUCCCAAUUUAGAUCUAGAGGUCUACGGAUGAAGGGGUAAAUGUAUUUAUUUAUUUAUUUUUAUUUCUUUUUCUGGCAUUCUGGGCAUUAUUUCUUUUUUGUCUAAAUACUUCCUCUAUACAGAUCCAAUAGAAAUUUUGUCCAUACACAGUUGAAGCUUGGGGAGUUUCUUUAAUAUCCAUCCACUGCUCCCUUGGAGGCUGUAAUUUAUGUUGCCUUUCAGUUGUGUUUUAUUUAUAAUCUGCUUAUACAGCAGUGUGUAUGGAUACUUUCUUGCUCUCUACCUCUGAAUACAUUUUAAUGUUGUAUGUACAUUCUGUUCUCUCUCCAAUGUGCAGUUGACCUUUAAGAAUCAGUUUCCCUGACAUUUGCAGUCCCUCAAGUUAAUUAAUUUGGCUGGGUUUGGUUUGUCCAUAGUUUCUGAGGGGAAUAAUGAGAUUCUGAAAGAUUUGAAUUACACAUUCAAAAUUGCACAUUCAGUAAUUAUUAAUUGUGGUAACCUUGUCCUCCAAGUAUGAUGCCUCUUCUUUAGUAUUAUGUGUUGCCUAUGUUUCUCUCUCUCUCUCUCUCUCUCUCUCUCUCUCUCUCUCUCUCUCUCUCUCUCUCUCUCUCUCUCAAAUAGAUAAUGGGCUGAUCAUACUGCCAUUUGCACACCUAUGUUAGUGUUAUUCUGGUGCAUCCAGUCCUGUUCACACAGCUAAUGUGACUGCAUAUUCUCCAUUUAUCACUACCACCACCUUUUGUUUGAUGUCUUUCUCUUCAGAUCAUAGAAGCAUAUUAGAAAGAUCACUGAAGGCUGGAUGAGUUGUGGAAUCGGGCAUGGUCCCUAUUGUGGUUACAACCGACUGACUUUGGGCAUGGGGUGCAGAAGUGAUAAUUCCCCUCUAUCAACAUGGAUACUUUAGAUCAGUAACCAAAACUCUUACAGCUGAGUAAAGCAUGUGCAUUGGUUGUUUGGUCACUGAUACAUGUGAAUCAGUAUCACUAAUGAUAAGUACAUGUGUGUUUAUUACGGAGAUCACUGUGCAUCAGUAUUUAAGAAGUUUUAUACAGUUCUGAAAGUAUAAUACCUAGGAGAGGAAAGGUGAAGGCAUUUUUAGUAGUUGAAUGCCUUGACUACCAUAACCAACUGUGGCAUCCUGCCAUAAAGUUUGUCCAGACUCUAGGUGCAAGCUUUAGAUGGAUAGAGUUUGAAUAUUGCAACACUAGUGGGUCACAGGAGAUAAAUAACAUACUAAUAAAUAUUUUUCAUAUGCACAUAUUGUGAUGUUUGUGAUGGUUUGAUUAAUUGCUAGUCAAGACCCAUGAGAUAUGAAGUGUUUGUGCUGGUCCCAAUGUAUAUUUUUCUUGAGUUUUUAGUGUAUUAAGAAAAAAGUUUAAUGAAAGAUCAAUGUUUCAAAUGUAGAUAUGGUAAAAUGGGAAAUGGAAGGUAUUCAUAAAUGAUUGAGUAGUAGAAAUCAGGGCUCUGGAGAUGCAUGUGUAUGAUUUGUUUUUAUAAACAAUCAUGGUGAUGUUUGCGUGACAGAUUAUUUUAUGUACUACAAUAAAUAACAUUGUUCAUUGUGUAUUCCAUAGUUCAUUUAUUUGUUACUGGUAUACAAUGUCCAGAUUCAUUAUUUUCAUGACAAUUGAUAAUUCCAUUUGGCUGCAAAGGUAGGAAGUUUGGAAUUAAGCUCAAAAUAUGCAAGUUGAAAAAGUAAUGAUGGUUGUUAGGCACAAGAUAAACAUAAAUGCAUGCAAUUCCACUAAAUUAAAAUAGUGACAUUCAUAAAAUACAUUUAGGUAUGUAAUUAUUAUCAUUAUUAUUGUAGCUAUUUUUUUUUACUUCACAUUUUUUGACAAAGUGACUGACAAGUUACUAUUAGAUUAAAAUUUGUACCACGUAUCUCACAUCUGUGCUUUUCUUACUAAAGUUACUUAAAUUGCUUGAAGAAGAAAAUUGAUUUUUGUAUCUGAAACAUUUUCACAUACAUGAUGUAUUUGCUUAUAUUUUUUUUAUACAGGUUUAUCUUUGAAAGAGAUUGGUGAUAAUA